AUGUGGAGCAAAUGUUGUAAAUCUCUUAAUUCAUGUGAUAUUCGACAGUUUUGGCGAAAAGCUCGGCGACAUUUCUUCUCUUAUUGUCCACCAAUUGAAGGUAUUCUAUACAAUGGUGUAGUUAUCACAUCUCCAGUGGAAAUCUAUAAUAUAGCCAAGCAAUUGUAUACAGAACAAUUUUCUGAGCAUGAACAUAAUCAAUCUGUGGUGGAAAUCGAAGCUUAUUUAAUUGAUCAAGAACUGGAUAAAGAACUUAAAAAUUCGAAAUUAUAUUGUAUUAGUAUUAAAUUCAUUGAUGUUAAAAUAGCUGUUUUAUUAUUAAAGAACAAGAACUCCACAGGAUUAGAUGGUGUAUCCAACAGAAUUAUUAAACUCCUACCUUCACUUCAUCUGACAUUUAUUACUUCCGCUUUUAAUUUUAUGGCUCAAAAAUAAAUUAAAGGUAUCAAGUCAAAUCAUUUGCCAUUAUUUAAAGGUGUUCCUCAGGGUUCUUGCGUAGGCCCAGUAUUAUUUAUUGCUUUUCAUUACGAUAUAUUAAAAGCAGUAUCAAAUCUCCACUUUAAACAUCCAUUUGCCGAUGAUUUUGCUAUUGUUCUAUCACGAUCAGCAACUUGGUCAUCGCCAUUACUCAUUCCACAUCUUUCACAACAAAUUUCCAAUAGUAAGUUUUCAACAGGCUCAUCUCGUCCAGUAGCAAUUAUUACCGCCGAUUUCAACAAUGACUCACUACUUGAUAUUGCCACCGCCAAUUAUGGAACUCACAGUAUUACAGUACUCUAUAGAACUCACACUGGAAAUUUUUCACUUCCAAUUACGUAUUCAACAGGUUAUGAUUCUCUUCCAUCCUCAAUAGCUGCUGGAGAUUUCAAUAACGACAACUACUUAGACCUUGCCAUCGCUAAUUAUGGCACCAACAAUGUUGGCAUACUUUUUGGAAAUAGCAACAGAACUUUUGAAAAACAAAUCACGUUUUCAACCGGAUUAGGUUCUCAUCCAUAUUCAAUCGCUGUUGGCCAUUUCAAUGACGACGGAUUUGUCGACAUAGCUAUUGCUAAUUUCGGAACUCAUGAAGUAUUUGUACUUUUGAACAACGGUAAUAGAACUUUUGCUAAUCAAGCCAAUUAUUUCAUCAGUUCCGGUUCUCCAUAUGGAAUCGGCGUUGUAGACAUCAACGAAGAUAAUCGAUUAGACAUCGUCAUAACCAACAACGGCAAUAAAACUAUAGGUAUACUUCUUGGAUAUGGAAACGGUGAUUUUGAAAAUCCGAUUCUGUAUUCAACCGGCUCUUAUUCUUCAGUUUCACUUGCAAUAGGCGAUCUGAACAGGGAUCAUCGAUUAGAUAUUGUCGUUGUCAACGAUGAUACUGCUAGCAUAAGUAUUCUUCUUGGCCAAUAUGAACUCUUUUUAAACGAAAAAAGAUAUUCAGCUGGUAAUUGUUCAUCUUCUCCAGCUGUUGGAGACUUCAAUAACGACGCUCGACUAGAUAUCGUCGUCGCCAAUUCUGGUAGCAAUGAUGUGAGUAUCCUUCUUGGAAAUGGAAAUGGUUCUUUUGAAAAUCAAACAAGGUAUUCAGUCGGCUCUCGUCCACUAUCUGUAGUUGUUGGUGAUUUCAACAACGACACUCGACUAGAUAUCAUUGUUGCCAAUGCAGAUAGCAAUGAUGUGAGUGUCCUUCUUGGAUAUGGGAAUGAUUCUUUUGCAGAACAAACAAGGUAUUCAGUUGGGAGAGAGCCAAGAUCUGUAGCAGUUGGCGAUUUCAACAACGAUGCUCGACUAGAUAUCGUUGUUGCCAAUUAUUUCGGCUAUGAUUUGAGUGUCCUUCUUGGAUAUGGGAAUGGUUCUUUUGCCAAAGAAAAACGAUAUUCGGCUGGCCCUUUUCAAACAUUUGUCGCUGUUGGUGAUUUCAAUAGCGACAACCGACUAGAUAUCAUUGUCGUCAAUUACUAUAACUAUACGUUGACUGUUCUCCUUGGAUAUGAGAAUGGUUCUUUUGCAAGCGAGACAAGCUAUUCAGUUGGGAGAUCGCCAAUGUUUGUAGCUGUUGGUGAUUUUAAUAACGACAAUCGACUAGAUGUCGUUGUCGCCAAUGCCGAAAGCGAUGAUGUGAGUGUCCUUCUUGGAUAUGGGAAUGGUUCUUUUGCAAACGAGGCAAGAUAUUUGGUUGGCUCUGCUCCAAUAUCUCUCACUGUUGGUGAUUUCAAUAGCGAUAAUCAACUAGAUAUCAUUGUCGUCAACGAGGGUAGCAAUGCUGUGAGUUUCCUUGUUGGCUAUGGGAAUGGUUCUUUUGCAGAAGAAACAAGGUAUUCAGUUGGCUUUAAUCCAAUAUCUGUAGCUAUUGGUGACUUCAACAACGACACUCGACUAGAUAUCGUUGUCACCAAGUGCACUGAAGAUGUGACUCAUGAUGUGAUUAUCCUGCUGCAAUAUAACAGAGGAGGGAUAGAAUAUAAAAUGGCCUACGCAUCUGGCGGUGGAUCUAGCCUCAAAUUUAUAGUUGUUGGUGAUUUGAAUAAUGACGCUUCUUUGGAUAUCGUCUUGGCUAAUUACGGUACUGGUAAUCUAGGUGUCCUGUUUGGAUAUGGAAAUGGUAAUUUCGAAGAUCAAAUGAUACUUAGUAAUGGCUUGAAUCCUCAUCCGACUUCGAUUACUAUUGGUGAUUUUAAUGGUGACAGUGUAGUCGAUAUUGCUUUUGCUGACUAUGAUGGAAUGCAUGUAGAUAUGCUGCUUGGAAACGGGAACAGAUCAUUUGAAUCUCGAACAAGCAAAGGAAUUAGUUUGGAUUCACGUUUGUUAGCCAUGGCUUCUGGUGAUUUUAAUAAUGAUAAACGAUCGGAUAUAGUCAUCAUUUAUGAUGGAAUGGAUAAGGUGGAUAUCUUAGUUAGCUACAAUUAUUUUUUCUCAGCAGCAAAAAAAUAUUCAGUUGGCUAUGAUCAUAGAUCUAUCGCUACUGGUGAUUUCAAUAGCGACAAUCGACUAGAUAUCGUUCUCCCCAAUAAUUUCGAGAAUUAUGUGAGUGUCAUUCUUGGAUAUGAGGACGGUUCUUUUACAAAAGAAAGAAGAUAUACAGUUGGGGAAUGGCCACAGUCUGUAGCUGUUGGGGAUUUUAAUAACGACAAUCGACUAGAUAUCGUUGUCGCUAAUUCCGCAGGCGCUGAUGUGAGUGUCCUUCUUGGAUAUGGGAAUGGUUCUUUUGCAAAACAAACGAGCUAUUCGGUUGGGAACUGGCCACUAUGUGUAGCUGUUGGUGAUUUCAAUAACGACAACCGACCAGAUAUCGUUGUCGCCAAUUCUGACAGUGAUGAUGUGAGUGUCCUUCUUGGAUAUGGGAAUGGUUCUUUUGCGGACGAAAAAAGAUAUUUAGUUGGCUCUAAUCCACAAUCUGUAGCUGUUGGUGAUUUCAACAACGACACGCGACUAGAUAUCGUUGUCGCCAAUUGGGAAAGCGAUAAUGUGAGUGUCCUUCUUGGAUAUGGGAAUGGUUCUUUUGUAAAACAAACAAGAUAUUCGGUUGGCUUUCAUCCAACAUCUGUCGCUGUUAGUGAUGUCAAUAACGAUACUCGACUAGAUAUCAUCGUCGUCAAUUCGUAUAGCAAUGAUUUGACUGUUCUGCUUGGAUAUAAGAACGAUUCUUUUCUAAAAGAAACAAUAUCCUUAGUUGGCUCUUUUCCAUUUAAUGUAGCUGUUGGUGAUAUCAAUAAAGACGCUCGACUAGAUCUUGUUGUCGCCAAUGCUCAUAGCAGUGAUGUGAGUGUCCUUCUUGGAUAUGGGAACGGUUCUUUUGGAGAAGAAACAAGAUAUUCGGUUGACUCUCAAGCAUUCUUUGUCGCUGUUGGUGAUUUUGAUAAUGAUAAUCGACCAGAUCUCGUUGUCACUGGUUGGCAUAGCACAUAUGUGAGUGUCCUUCUUGGCUACCACCGUACAGCUCUUGCAAUACACAGAACACUCGUUACUGGAAAUGGUUCCCGACCACAGUCGUUAGUAAUUGACGAUUUUAACAACGAUAAUCUUAUGGAUAUCGCUAUUGCUAGUACAGGCACCCACAAUAUCGGUAUUUUUCUUGGAUAUGGUAAUUUCUCUUUUACAAAGCAAGUAACAUAUUCAAUUCAAUCAUCUUUAUCGCCAUGCUCUAUAGCUGCGGGUGAUUUCAACAAUGAUUUUCGACUAGAUAUCGCCCUUGUUAGUUGUGAAUCGGAUAAGGUUGGUGUUUUGCUUGGAUAUGGCAAUGGUUCUUUUGGAAAUGUAACGCCCUAUUCAACAAGUUCGUACUCGUCCCGAUAUUCUUUAGCUGUUGAUGAUAUUAACAACGAUACUAUACAAGACAUCAUCAUCGUAAAUCAUGACGACAACAGUCUAGGUGUAUUUCUUGGAUACGGUAACGGCUCAUUUGCAAGUAUUAUCCUAUUUUCGUCGGAGUACGGAUCCAAUCCAUUCGCCAUUGUCGUUGGAGACUUCAACAAUGACAGAAAACUAGAUAUUGCUGUUGCAAAUAAUGGAACUGACAGUUUGAAUAUUCUCUUGCAGACUUGUUAG